CUGACCAACCAGCUGCUGACCAACCAGCUGCUGACCAACCAUCCUGCUGACCAACCAUCCUGCUGACCAACCAGCUGCUGACCAACCAGCUGCUGACCAACCAGCUGCUGACCCUCUUCAGUGUCCAGCUUCAGUCAUGGCGUCUCCUGGCCUGCUGCUCCUCCUGCUGGUGUCGUCCUCCCUCCUGCUCUCCAGUGUCUCUGCAGAUAUAGAGAACAUGAUUCGAUCUACAGGCCAAAUGGCUCGCAAAACCAUUUCCAUGUUCAAUGACCUUGGUGUGCCUUUGCUGAUGCUGAUACCAGUUGAUGGGAAGCUGAUAAGUCUUUGUACCAAGUUAGGACUCGGGCUCUUACUGAAAUUGACUGAGAAAGAUGAUAAAUCAGUAGCAGAUCUUCUCAAGUCUGAAUUUAAAAGUCUUAAUUCUAAGAUUGAUGAAUAUCAUGCAGAGCAGAAAUGGCAGAUCUGGGCAGCUGCUGCCUUCCACAAUCCAGAGAUGGAAAUAAAAGUAGCCUGGGACCAGUUUGAAAUACUUAUCAGCAGUUUACCUGGUAAAGAAGAGGCCGAGGUAAAGAAGCUUAAAGAUGAAUUUCUUGAGAAUUACAUAAAAGCUGGCACAGAUGAACUGCACAAGUACCUGACGACUACAGGAAUAACCCUCAUAAACAACCUUGGAAAGGGGCUAGUUGAAGAGCUUAAAUGUCAUGAAAAAGAUAUUCUAGGAUAUACUGUGUUGAUUAAUUCACUUAUCUACAAGGGCAAUCUGAUGAACCAUUUCAGCUACCAACACAAGCAAACUCAGACUCAGCAAAAGAUCGAUCACUCAGCUGAAAUUGCAUACGAGAGUUCAUCAGUGAUGUUCGAACUUUACAAGUCCUGCGUAUUCAACAGUUAUAAGUAUAUUGAAAAAGAGGUGAAAGACCUCAUUAAUGACCAAAAACGUCGAAAACUGGCACAUGAAGUCAGGUCGUUCUUGGCAGAGACGUAUGACAGGUAUGACUGGAUGGUUGUUGCAUAUAAAACAAAGAACUCUGACCACACUGAACUAAGAUCACUGAACAAACACACCUUAACAGGAUUUCAUGAAGCAGUAACAUCAGGGGCUGUGAGUGUGUCCUUCGUCAGACAGGUGAAGGGGAAUCACACAAUGGCAGAUAAAGUUGGACGAGCCAUACAAAGAUGCCUCACUACGACGUAUGACUGUCAUAAGGUAGCAGAGAAACUCAAGGAAUGUAAAGAAAAAGUGGACGGAAUUGAAUUGUCCAAGACUUACACGGCAGUGCACGCCUUCAUAGACAAAGCCCACCAAAGCUACGAGGCUGUCACAGUACCAGAGCAACUGAUCAGCCCGUACGACACAACAGUUCCUUAUCUUUAUCAAGGAGUGUGUAAAAAAUAUAAAGUCAGCCCACUGAUAAACUUCGGUGGCACAUUUGUAGUUUUGAUUAAAAGUGAUGAAGAGAUAAAGAUACAAGAUCCCUGCAAAGACAUGAAAUGUAGUGGUGACAAUAGAGAAGGCGAUAGAGGCAAAUGUGUUCCCAUCCCAGAAACCUUCAGAGCGAUGUGUGAGUGCCAUCGUCCGUACUACGGCGAACACUGUGAGCUCAGCAUAGACGACUACAAGAAGGAGUUACAGAAAGAGCUGGAGGACCGGUCAGGAAGUGCCACAGGGUAACAGCAGGAUUAUAACUGCUGCGUCAUAGUCGGCCUGCAGGAGUCUGCCGGGGUCGACUAAUUUCAUGAAAUGAGUUUCUUGUCUUUAACAGACAUCUUACUGAAGCUGAUGUAACACAGGCAGUUUAAUCCACACACAAAUAUCAGCGUAAAUACUGACAACCAGGCUAGUUGUUUCUAUCUGCCUCCAGUUUUUGUAUGAAGCUAAACCAGCUGCUGGCAUUAGCCUCAUAGUAACUUAGCUCACAUGACAGCAGUCACAAUCUUCCAGGUCCAGGAUGUGUUUAGCCUAGCUUAGCAUAAAGACUGGAAGCUGAGGGAAACUGCUAGCCUGCAUCUUUUUGCCAACAUGAAGAUAUAAGUUGCUGCUGCUGAUCCAAACAGUCUGAACCAGUAAAACCCAGUGAAACUAAAGUGUUCUGUAAACUCAACAAGAACUUUAAAGUGAUGAAACAGACAAACUGUAACUCAACUGAACUACUCUAACAAACAAGAGUUCAUUUCAUGAAAUGACGACUUUUCUGAUAAUUAGCCUGGUGUUGGUGUUUCCAACUUCACAGUAUCAACCAGGCUUAAGUGAUGUCAUCAUGACAUCAUGACAUCAUGAGCUGUAACACAAAUUGCAAAGUAAAGAGAGGCUUCAGACAGACGGGAGGGUCACAUUCAACACUUCAUGCUCGUCUGAUGAAUCUCAGCCACACGAACAGAAACAACAUCUGUGCGUUGUGAUAUCUGUAGAGACGCACCGACU